GCUGUGCCAUUCUUUUUCGACCACCGUGCGAGUUAGACGCUAUAUAAGCUUAAAGCUUAUGCUUUUUACGUAUUUUUUGUUAUAAACGAAUCCGUCGAAUUAUCUAAGAACAAAAUGAGCAAGUCUUUGUUUGACAGCGCAGAAGAUGUUCAGCAGGAAAAUAAGUUUGCGCGAAAAGCCAAGGAGUCGCCUUUCAUGCUAGUUGGCAUUGCUGGCUUCUUAGCAGCGGGACUUAUCGGCGCCUACAAGUACAAAAAUCGUGGCACCAUGAGCACUAGUGUAUUCCUUAUGCAACUGCGUGUGGCAGCGCAGGGCACAGUUGUGGGUUGCCUCACCCUCGGCCUGGGCUAUCAAAUGGCCAAGGAGUAUCUGUUCGAUAAGGAGCCGAAGGAAAAUACAAAAUCCCUGACUAACUAAACACACUUGAAUUGGAACGCAAAUAAUCCUGACAUCAUCAUCAAUCCAAUUAGCACUUUGUCCACCACUUGCAUACAUCUUCUUAAUAGAAAAUUACUUAACACUUAAUAGCAAAUGUUCAGUAAGCAUGCGCCCAACAACAAAUAGUUGAACAAAUUUUUAAUUGUUUCGUUUAAACGAGCAUUGUCGGUUAAGAUCAUAUAUUGUAAACUUGUGUAAGAUUGUGAUACUAUGUGUUUUAUAUAAAACAAUUGGCAAUGAAUGAAAUAACUAAAAAUGUUAAAAACACUAUGAGAAAAAUAUACCUCCUAUAAAACUUACUUACAUUUACAUAAUUAAAAACAUUUAUUUAAGAUUUAAA